GUUGCAGAGCCCACUGCCCACACGGAGUAAAGAAGAGAGCUGACUGCCAAACACAUGGCACAUGUUGCUCACUUGCUUGUGAUGAAGGAGACGCCAGAAAGCAGAGGAGAUGUUGAAGACCACGCUCUCAGUUGACACGGCUUGACAGUUGGCUUUGGUCACUUUGCUUCCAUUGCUGACCUGACCUGCGCAGAGCGAUCGAGCAGACGCCGCCGAGUUUACAAACACGGCAUAAUUAAACCGCCGCGCGGAUAGAAAAGUAGAAACUGCGCGCCGACGCCGCGAUGGAGCCGUUUCUUGUUCUCCUCUGCCUCUUGGUGGCGAGAGCAGAGACCGAAGCAGCGAGCUAUCACGGCACUGGCGGCGGCAGAGUAGGGAGGGCCGCCGGGGGAGCGGUUCUCCUUCCGCUCAGGCUACAGGCGGCGUCGCCCCCGCCGGCGAACCGGCUGCGGUUCCGGCACAACGUGAGCCUGACGGUGCCGGUGGCCGUGGGCACGCCGCCGCAGAACGUGACGAUGGUGCUCGACACCGGCAGCGAGCUCUCCUGGCUGCUCUGCAACGGGAGCCGCCAUGACGCGCCGUUCGACGCGUCGGCCUCGUCUUCGUACGCGCCCGUCCCUUGCUCGUCGCCGGCCUGCACGUGGCUCGGGCGCGACCUGCCCGUGCGCCCCUUCUGCGACUCCAGCGCCUGCCGCGUCUCCCUCUCCUACGCCGACGCCUCCUCCGCCGACGGCCUCCUCGCCGCCGACACCUUCCUCCUAGGCAGCAGCCCAAUGCCCGCCCUCUUCGGCUGCAUCACCUCCUACUCCUCCUCCACUGAUCCCUCGGAGACGCCACCCACCGGCCUCCUCGGCAUGAACCGCGGCGGCCUCUCCUUCGUGACGCAGACGGCCACCCGCCGCUUCGCCUACUGCAUCGCGGCCGGCCAAGGCCCCGGCAUCCUCCUCCUCGGCGGCAACGACACCGAAACCCCCCUAACAAGCCCCCCGCAGCAGCAGCUGAACUACACGCCGCUGGUCGAGAUCUCCCAGCCGCUGCCCUACUUCGACCGGGCGGCCUACACCGUGCAGCUGGAAGGCAUCCGCGUGGGCUCGGCCCUGCUCGCGAUCCCCAAACACCUCCUCACGCCGGACCACACGGGGGCAGGGCAGACCAUGGUGGACUCCGGCACGCGCUUCACCUUCCUCCUGCCCGACGCCUACGCGGCGCUCAAGGCCGAGUUCGCGAACCAGCUGACGCGCUCGCUCGACGGCGGGCUCGCGCCGCUCGGCGAGCCGGGGUUCGUGUUCCAGGGCGCGUUCGACGCGUGCUUCCGCGGCACGGAGGCCCGGGUGUCGGCGGCGGCGGCGGGCGGGCUGCUGCCCGAGGUGGGCCUGGUCCUCCGCGGGGCCGAGGUGGUGGUGGCCGGGGCGGAGAAGCUCCUGUACAGGGUGCCCGGCGAGCGGCGCGGGGAGGGGGAGGGCGUGUGGUGCCUGACGUUCGGGAGCUCGGACAUGGCUGGCGUGUCGGCGUACGUGAUCGGGCACCACCACCAGCAGGACGUGUGGGUGGAGUACGACCUCCGGAACGCCCGCCUCGGCUUCGCGGCCGCGCGCUGCGCCGACCUCGCCAUCCAGCGCCUCGGCCUCGGCGCGCACGUGUAGGCGCGUCUCUGUUCCCCCCACGCACGCACCAGUGUAGCAAAGCAAAGUAGCAGGGCGAGAAUCGUUAGCAGAGAGCAAAGUAGGAGAUGGCUCCCUGCGAUGUGCGAUCACCUGCUGCUGUGGUCAGCUGGUUACUUUUUUUUUUUUAGGUCAGGUCAACUGGUUACUUGUUCGUGCUGUAUUAUGCCGUGCGGACAAGUAUACGAGCUAAUGUCAAAAUUAGUGGCAGUUUAUUAGUUAUUGAUCCCGGCCUUGUUGGAACAACUAGUUUUGUAUUUUACUGUAAAGGGGAAAAUGGUCUGGUUACUUUUUUUUUUAGAACACUGGUCUGGUUACUUGUUCAUGCUGUAUUAUGCCGUGCAGACAAGUAUACGAGCUAAUGACAAAAUUAGUGACAGUUUAUUAGUUUUGGAUCGCGGCCUUGUUGGAGCAACUAGUUUUGUAUUUUACUGUAAAGGGGAAAAUGGACUGGUUACUUGUUCA